AUGAAACAAAAAAUUGGUGAUAGUACUAGUUUAGAUUCUCUUGGAAAAUUAUUACUGAGAAUGGAUGAGAAUGAAAAAGCACGAAAAUGUUAUGAACGAAUGGUAGACGAAGCAUUAUUGACGGUAGCAGAUGCUCGAUUAGGUCUUGAAUGGGCACAUCUUCGUUGCAAUAAUUGUGAUGAAAGUCUGAAACAAUUUGAAGAAGUCCUACAAAUACGAGAAUAUGUAUUAGGAGAAGAUCAUUCUAAUAUUGGAGAGAUUUAUAGUUUUAUUGGUGAAGUUCAUUUAGAAAACGAGGAUUAUGAACAAGCUUUGAUCGAUUUGCAUAAAGCAAUCAAAAUUCAAGAAAAAACACUUUCUUCUAAUUCGCUUGAUCUUGCUGCAACUUAUGAUAGUACAGAAAAUGCAUAUACUCUAUGA